UAGUUGAGCGAGGCGAAAUGGCUAAACUCUAAAAUAACAUUUCAUAAAGUAACACUAGACGGCUAACAUGCGAUUAGUGCGGCAAAAUGGAAUAUAUUCAUGCACAACGCUACCGAAUCCAGCACUUCCGAGCAUCCAAGCAGUAACUUGGUCACCAGAUCGUAAUUACCGUUGUAAUAAAAGCAAACAUAUAAAAAGCCGGUGUGAAACGCAAGAACUAUGCCAUCAAGAUGUUAUUUCGAACAAGCGGUUUCUGCCAUUUUCGUACAUUGAACAGGAAGAAGAAUUCCCGGCACUUUCCCGCCUUAAUUGUGAGAAUUUGAGCAGAUGAUCAUGAUUUUCUUCAGCAUGAAAUGCAUAGUUUAUAAUUAACAGUCAUUCUUUCGUCAAUGCGCCUAUCCAGGUUUUUCAGUGAUCCAUCAUUAAAUUCCCACAGAUCGAUAUAAAAGACUUCCGCACUUUUUUAUUCCCGGAUGUGAGUCACAACUCACAACGGAGCAACCACGCUGCGAGUGCGGCUGUGUAUUAUACGUUAUCAUCGCACCUAACGAUAAUUGGUUUACGACUAGUCAACCCCGCCUCUUCUAUGCUGGCUCCUUGCUAACGCCCUACUAGCUGCCGGAGCUGGAGUUUCCACGGCAAAGACAUGCCGCAUCGCCCAACAAAACAGGAACAGCGAAAGUGGCGCACGAUGUCGUGAUAACAUGUAUCAAAUUUGACUAUAACCCCGUUAAUGGACACCAGUACCCUAUGCCAGCUAGGAUCGACUGACAAAUGCCCGUUUUAGCGGUCAGAUGCACGCGUGGUAAUUAUAGCCGGCAUCGUAAACUCGCAUUUGGCAGUUCGACCGUUAGGCUGUAAACAAGGCCGUACGGCUGUGUUGCUACUGGCUGCUGCACCGUCAUGUAGUGACUAUUUUGGACACGCAAUGCUGAGGUGAUCGUGUUAAUUAAUACGCUGCUGGGAUGCUGUUUGACAUGAUGAUUUGGAUGUAAGCGGUCAACGUUGGCCCAUCAACUAUGACUGCGUACUACAAUGCUAGUAGGAAUGGAUCCGGUGUGCUGCGUGAACCGCCGGUAUUCCCGCUGGACUACCGGAUAACGGCCACGGUUGUCCACUCUAUUCUGCUGCUUUUGGGGGUCUUCGGGAAUAUUGUGGUCAUGCUGGUUGUGAAGCGGACGCGGAUUAUGCACAUACCCACGUACUGGUAUUUGGUUUCUUUAUCGGCAGCCGAUUUGUUAUCCAUUCUGGUAACGGUACCGGAAGCCAUUAUUUCCUAUCAAAUUUACGCCCACCAGUGGAUAUUUGGACAAAUUGGUUGUUCACUUCUCAUAUUUCUGCAGUUCCUCGGCAUCAACGCCAGUUCACUGAGCAUCUUAGCCUUCACUGUUGAGCGCUUCGUCGUGAUAUGCCGUCCACUCCAUGCCAAAAGCAUCUGCACAAUGAACCGCGCCAGACGAACGAUCCUGGCGCUGUGGUUACUGGCCCUGGUAACCGCCACUCCCUGGCUGUUCCUCACCGUCACUCGCCGCUAUCCCGGUUAUCCGGGCUUUGAGUUCUGUGACUUCCGGGUGUCCCCGGACAAGUACCGCUACAUCUUCGGGGUGGAUAUGCUGGUGUUCUACGUCAUUCCCCUCCUCACCAGUUGUGUCAUGUACUUCAAGAUGAACACGACACUGCGCAGUCAGAUCUACCAGAAUAAACCAUCACUGUUGAGUAUUAGCCGGGUGGCAUCCGUGCGGCGUAGCACGCGCAACGGCCGGAGCGGCAGCCGCAGUCGAGCGUCGUCCAGUGACGCGGUAGCGCUGGGCGAGGCAGUGGAUGCGGCAUCGGCUGUGACCAUUAGUCAAUCACGACUGCAGGUCGUUCGUAUGUUGUUCGUGGUCGUAGCAUUAUUUGCCGUCCUUUGGCUGCCAUAUCGAGCAGUUAGUCUAUACAAUUCCCUUGCGUCCAAGCCGAUCCUCAACAAAUGGUUUAUGCUCUUCGCCAAAACCUGUAUAUUUUUCAAUGCAUCCGUGGAUCCCUUAUUGUACAGCGCCAUGAGUAGGCGAUUCCGUAAAGCCGCUUUCGAUGUGUUAACAUGCCGUCGAAACCGAUUACUGUAAUCUUUUAAGCGAAUACUCUGUAGACAAAGUAUUUUGCUGUGAUAUUUAAUUCCCUGUCUUGGUUUUACGCUAUUUAAAGGACCGUCGGUCACUAGAAACAGCUUUUUGUAUUGCUGCUUUGUUGCUGUAAACUGCUUUGUCCUUAGUGUGUACCCACUGUAACGCACAUCUUUCAUUAUUAAUCUGAACGGUCAUUCUAGCACACAUUCUUGAAAUACGAGGUAGUUAGAGCUGGUCGCCGGUUAAAAAAGUAUCUCGUUUAUGAAAAACACUGCUUAUGCUGUGUACUUGUUAUUCUGCUUUUCUUUCACUGCUAUCACUAAAGAAAGACUGCCUUGUGCAAAAUUAAAGA